UUGGCUGCGGCGGGCGCCUCGCCGGCUGGUGGCUAUGAAGGUGGCGCCGGUUGAUGGUUGACGGUUGGCUUCAGGGUUGGGGGUCGCCGCGCGUGCGAUCGGCUCACCCAGGACCAGGGGGCGAGGACUGCUGCAGCUCAACCUGGAUCCCACCGGCGAGCCCAGGCUCCGCCCGGCCAUGCCCGCCGGGAGCAACGAGCCGGACGGCGUCCUCAGCUAUCAGAGACCAGAUGAGGAGGCUGUGGUGGACCAGGGUGGGACCAGUACAGUUCUCAACAUCCACUAUGAGAAGGAAGAGUUGGAAGGUCAUAGAACUCUGUAUGUGGGGGUUCGGAUGCCACUGGGCAGGCAGGGCCAUCGGCACCACCGCACUCAUGGCCAGAAGCACCGGAGACGAGGAGGGCGGGGCAAAGGAGCCAGCCAGGGGGAAGAGAGUCUGGAAGCCUUGGCCCACGACACCCCAUCUCAGCGUGUUCAGUUCAUUCUUGGCACCGAGGAGGAUGAAGAGCACGUGCCUCAUGAGCUCUUCACAGAGCUGGAUGAGAUAUGUAUGAGAGACGGGGAAGAUGCUGAAUGGAAGGAGACAGCCAGGUGGCUGAAGUUUGAAGAGGACGUUGAAGAUGGGGGAGAGCGCUGGAGCAAGCCCUACGUGGCAACUCUCUCCUUGCACAGUCUGUUUGAGCUAAGGAGCUGCCUCAUCAACGGCACUGUCCUUCUGGACAUGCGUGCAAGCAGCAUAGAAGAGAUCUCAGACCUGAUCCUGGACCAGCAAGAACUGUUGAGUGACCUGAAUGACAGUAUGAGGGUGAAAGUGCGGGAGGCCCUUCUCAAGAAGCACCACCAUCAGAAGGAGAGAAGGAGGAACAACCUCAUCCCCAUCGUCCGCUCCUUCGCCGAGGUUGGCAAGAAGCAAUCUGACCCACAUUCCAUGGAUAGAGAUGGUCAGACUGUUUCUCCUCAAUCUGCUCCAGCUAACAAUCUGGAAGUGAAAAAUGGAGUGAAUUGUGAACACAGUCCUGUGGAUCUAAGCAAGGUGGACCUUCAUUUCAUGAAAAAAAUCCCCACUGGGGCAGAGGCCUCCAAUGUCCUGGUUGGAGAGGUGGACACUCUGGACCGGCCCAUCGUGGCCUUUGUGAGGCUCUCCCCAGCUGUGCUUCUCUCGGGCCUGACAGAAGUGCCCAUCCCGACAAGAUUUUUGUUUAUCUUAUUGGGUCCAGUAGGAAAAGGUCAGCAGUACCAUGAGAUCGGCAGAUCCAUGGCCACCAUCAUGACAGAUGAGAUCUUUCAUGAUGUGGCUUAUAAAGCCAAGGAGCGAGAUGACCUCCUGGCAGGGAUUGACGAGUUCCUGGACCAGGUGACAGUACUCCCUCCGGGGGAGUGGGACCCAUCCAUUAGAAUUGAGCCACCCAAAAAUGUCCCUUCCCAGGAGAAAAGGAAGAUGCCUGGGGUUCCAAAUGGAAACAUCUGCCACGUAGAACCAGAGCCACACGGGGGACACAGCGGGCCAGAGCUUGAACGGACUGGGCGGCUGUUUGGGGGCUUGGUGCUGGACGUCAAGCGGAAGGCUCCCUGGUACUGGAGUGACUACCGGGACGCACUCAGCUUACAGUGUCUGGCCUCCUUCCUCUUCCUGUACUGUGCCUGCAUGUCUCCUGUCAUCACCUUUGGGGGACUGCUGGGAGAGGCCACUGGAGGACGCAUAAGUGCAAUUGAAUCCUUGUUUGGAGCAUCCAUGACGGGGAUUGCUUACUCUUUGUUUGCUGGGCAGCCCCUCACCAUCCUGGGGAGUACUGGGCCAGUCCUUGUGUUUGAGAAGAUUCUGUUCAAGUUCUGCAAGGACUAUGCCCUCUCAUACCUCUCCCUGCGAGCCUGCAUCGGGCUGUGGACUGCCUUCCUGUGCAUCGUCCUUGUGGCCACUGACGCCAGCUCCCUCGUCUGCUACAUCACUCGCUUCACUGAAGAAGCGUUUGCCUCCCUGAUCUGCAUCAUUUUCAUCUAUGAAGCGAUAGAAAAGCUGAUUCACCUGGCGGAGACCUACCCCAUCCACAUGCACAGCCAGCUGGACCACCUGAGCCUCUAUUACUGCAGGUGCACACUCCCGGAGAAUCCCAACAACCAUACUCUACAGUACUGGAAGGAUCACAACAUUGUGACUACAGACGUGAACUGGGCGAACCUGACUGUCAGUGAAUGCCAGUACAUGCAUGGAGAAUUCAUAGGAUCGUCAUGUGGUCAUCAUGGACCCUACACUCCCGAUGUGCUCUUCUGGUCCUGCAUCCUCUUCUUCACCACCUUCAUCCUCUCAAGCACCUUAAAGACAUUUAAGACGAGCCGCUAUUUCCCGACCAGAGUCCGCUCCAUGGUGAGUGACUUCGCCGUCUUCCUCACCAUCUUCACAAUGGUGAUCGUGGACUUCUUGAUUGGGGUCCCGUCACCAAAGCUUCAGGUUCCCAGUGUGUUCAAGCCGACGAGGGACGAUCGAGGAUGGUUUAUCAGUCCCAUUGGCCCCAAUCCCUGGUGGACGGUGCUAGCUGCGACCAUCCCGGCUCUCCUGUGCACCAUCCUGAUAUUCAUGGACCAGCAGAUCACCGCCGUCAUCAUUAAUCGGAAGGAGCAUAAGCUCAAGAAAGGCUGUGGCUACCAUCUGGACCUGCUGAUGGUGGCCGUCAUGCUGGGUGUUUGCUCCAUCAUGGGCCUGCCUUGGUUUGUGGCUGCGACUGUCCUGUCCAUCACACAUGUGAAUAGUCUCAAGCUGGAGUCUGAGUGCUCCGCUCCUGGGGAGCAGCCCAAGUUCCUGGGCAUCCGAGAGCAGAGGGUCACAGGCCUGAUGAUCUUCGUGCUGAUGGGCUGUUCUGUCUUCAUGACAACUGUCUUAAAGUUCAUUCCGAUGCCGGUACUCUACGGAGUUUUCCUCUACAUGGGAGUCUCUUCUCUACAAGGAAUCCAGUUCUUUGACCGCCUGAAGCUUUUUGGGAUGCCUGCAAAACACCAGCCAGACUUCAUCUACCUGCGGCAUGUACCCCUGCGCAAAGUGCACCUCUUCACCCUCAUCCAGCUCACCUGCCUCGUCCUGCUCUGGGUCAUCAAGGCAUCGCCAGCUGCCAUUGUUUUCCCAAUGAUGGUCCUGGCCUUGGUCUUCGUCAGGAAAGUCAUGGAUCUCUGCUUCUCCAAGCGUGAGCUGAGCUGGCUGGAUGACCUCAUGCCUGAAAGCAAAAAGAAGAAGCUGGAUGACGCCAAGAAGAAGGCUAAGGAGGAGGAGGAGGCUGAGAAGAUGUUGGACAUAGGGGGUGAUAAGUUCCCCCUUGAAAGCAGGAAGUUGCUAAAUAGUCCUGGCAAGAACAGCAGCUUCAGAUGUGACCCCUCUGAGAUUAAUAUAUCAGAUGAAAUGCCUAAAACCACGGUCUGGAAGGCUCUCAGUAUAAAUUCUGGAAAUACAAAGGAAAAAAGCCUCUUCAAUUGAGAGCCUCUGCUGGAGGAGAAGAUGUGGGCCAUGAGGUGCCUCAGAGAAGUUCUGGUUUUCGAGAAAAUGGUGAGUCUCUCAGAGAAAAGCCGGGCUGAGUCUGGCCCCGUCCUUGGUCAUCUCAAAGCCAUGCCACACGGAAGCUUUCAGUCACUCUCGGUGUGCGUUUUGGAAGAUACCCAGCCACCCUCAUACCAGCAGCCAGGCACCAGCGGGGCCACCGUCAGGCUGACUUCCUGUUGCCUCCUCUCCUCUUUCUUCUUUCUCUUCAGAACUGCCACCAUUAAAGAGCCAGCUUCCCAUUUUUCAGACAUUUUCUCCAGUGCUCUCUGCUGGCCUAGUAAGCCACAUGAGUCCAUUCUGUCAUUGAGGAUUCCUUCUUGAGGUCCCUCUUCAUGAAUGGUAGCUUGGGAUGGUAGCAGAGAAGCUGGAGAGGGGAGGCUCCGGAGAAGCCUGGGCCUCAGUUCCAUUUCUACUUGGGAAGGGGUGCUGGUCAGACCAGACACUGUAGCAGGUCUGCUGUCUGAGGUCAGUUAUCUGAGCAUCAACAAUGGCCAUCACCAGAGCUGGCAAGAUGCUGCUGGCCUGGGGUCAUCCAUAUUGCUCCCCAGAAGCAGUCAACACAGGCGAUGAGACCCUUAGAAGAAGCAGGGCCAAGUGUGAGAGCUAGAGUUCAGCUGAAGAAAGGAAAGGCCUCGGGGACACCAGCCAAGUAGGAGGACGACCAUCUUUCCUUGGGUCUCCUUGAGGAAGAAGGAGCCUGCUAGCAGAGGAAUGAAUCUAGAGACCAGGGAAGACUCCCUAGCCUGGGGAUUUGUUACCAGGUCUGUUUGUAGUCAUCUAGGGAAGAUCUGAUACCAGUUGUUUGUGGGUAGAAAGGUGAAUCUGGGGUUGUUGGCUGUUUUGUGGGACUGUUUGACAUUCUGCUGCUGUCUCAUGAGGCUACAUUGCUCCUUCACCCUGGAGAGACCCAAGUGCUCAUGGACAUCUCCUUAGCUGCCUUGGUGGCGAACUCCAUCAUCACACAGUGGAUCAAAACCGCCUUCAGCCAUGUGGCUUCCUCACCACAGAUUCCUUUUGGCUGACAGAAGUUCUGGCUCUCAGAUGUAAAAAGCCAUGCUAAGAAAUGAACUGUAAGUGGUGAAGUCAAUUUGGACACUUAGUUUAAAAGUAUAUGUAUGAUUUUUCUCUCCUGUGUUCUAAAACUAUCAUCCAGGGUUUGGGCCUCAGUGCUAUGGACCCCUCCUUCCUUUGUGCACAGAAGUGACUGGUAAGCUGGUCACACUGGCUCUCCAUCUGCAUCUUUGUACAGAAGACACCACACACACACAGUGCAUGCGUGCUUUCAUUCCUGGGUGAGAAGCGCUGCAUCAUUUUAUUGCAGUAUGCACCUUGGACUGUGCACGUACUCGACGGCAUCUGGCCAUUCUCUGCAGGCCUUUGGCGUUGAAGUGAACCUGUGUUAUCACUACUUCCCUACCUGUGAGGACCACUGCCAUUUUGAUACAGAGAUGAUUUUCAAGAUAUUUAACAAUUGGUACAGGACAGAUGCAAGAGGUAUACUUUAUAAAAUAGUAGUAGGCAUUCAUGGUGAAUGAAUGAAUGCCUUGCUGCUCCCAGAUCCUAAAAUGACAUCCUCUGAAAUAUGGAGUGUUGUUCCUGGUUUGUCUGAUCUCUACACGUGAGAGAUCUCUGUUGCAUCUCAGCAACAGCCCUGGCUUGCUCUCCAGGACUGCACACUGGAACAGGCAGGUAUCACAGAAAUCAAUCAGUGGGCAUUAUAGUCUCUGUGAGCCAAAUUCCAGAGCGUAUCACUUCAGGACAGAUCUAGCGAUUGUAGCCCUUACCCAGCUCAGAAUGAUUCAGAAGCAGCCUGUCAGUGGGAAAACUUUCUUGAUAACUUUCCAACCCUCCAGCUACUUCCUUAGACUUGCGUCUCUUCUAUUGCUUUAGUCCCCUGGGAACACCACCCCCCCCCCCCCCCCACCCCGGUAUUCCCAUGCGUGUAGGGAAAUUGGUGACUACUUUACCCACUGCUCUGGCCUCAGUGCACCUGAGAGGCAUGUAACAGAGGAGCCCAUGGUGCAAGGAAGCCAGUGACAGUGUCCCCAGGGAAAUACCUCUUUCCAAGUGCUGAGUCUUGAGUUGCCCUCUAGAUGUUUAGCUGCUGGAGGGUGGGGGCUGCCUUUGUUAGCUCUGAACAGUGCAGCUAUGGGACCUCUGAUUUUUUUUUCUCAUGCCAACAUUUGCUAGGACCAGAGAAGUGAUCACCUCUUCUAUGACAAGGGUAGCUUCUUGAGUGUUGCCAGCCAAUGUCCUGACAUCCUAGUGAUGUCAACUGGUGAUGUGAGCAGAGUGAGUGGGGGAAGGCUGAGGUUCAAGGACAUGUUGGUAGUGAAGCCUUGGCUCUAAAGGAAAAGAUGUAAAGUUCCUGAAAUGUGAAAAGAUGUAAAGUGGCCAGGUUGCUUCCUGAUGAUUAUCAGGGAAGGGUUGCUUUAGGGAGAGGGUGAAGACCUGAAGAGAUAUACUGUGCCUCUUGUGUUUGGUUGUGUAAUACACGUGCAACUUGGGAGGGGUCAGGAGGCUCUGAGCUUUGCCACUCACAGCCCCAUCCCAGGUCUCCUUAAUUCAUGAAACUUGCCUUCAUGGUGGAGGGAAAGUGAGCCAUAUUUUCCCAAAGACAAUGUGAGUAGUUAUAAUUUCCCUUUGCUGGUGAUGGAACAGACUUUUGAAUUACUUAUAAAUGUUGGAUAAAGAUCUGGCAUUGACUGAGUCCCUGACUUGCCCAAAGGCUGUGGUGCUGAUGGCUGCAGCCUUCCAGUCUCCCCUCUGGAGAGUCUGUGGUUUUUGAUCAUCCAAAAAGGAUGGUUAAGUCUACAUUAUCCACCUCCUCAGCUCUCCAGACUCCCUUCUUAGUCAGGGAAGCAGUAAUUGUCCUUGUGUCCUCUCUAGUGAUCCGGAAGCACAGGGCUAGCUAGGAUCCAGGCCCCUGGGUUUCCUUUAGUCUUUAAAGAGCAUCAGAGACAUCAUGUCACAUGUGUCCCCUAAGACUUUACAGUGUCUCUGAAGGUCUUUUGCAAGAGUGUCAGCACCUCCUAGGAAUUUUAAUUUUACUUUAACUGUGUAUGUGAGGGUGUUUGCCUACAUGUA